AUGGACAAUAUUAUACCGUCGCUCGUUUACCAGAGAGAUGUCCUACCUCAGCCCAUCACCUCCCUCUCCUUCGACCCGGUCACAGACAUUCUCUGGUCUGGUACCAAUUCCGGUCAUGUCUGCACGAACUAUACCGCGCGCGGUCUGCGCGGCGUCCACUAUCCCGUUGGCGGCCAUCUCGCGGUCAAGAAGAUCCUCGCGACGGAAAGCAACGUGAUCGCGUGCGGAGUGGCGAGUGAUGGGAUCGGCGCAUGGGGCAAGGGCGGCUUGAACGCGUGGUUCUUCAGGCCCGGUAACCAAAUCACCACGUUUUCCAAGAAGCCGUCCAAUGGAUCCACCGUCGCGCUUUCGACCGCAAGCUCGGAGCUGAUUCUGCUCAACACCCAGACUGGCUCUGUCCUCCGCCACUCAUCCGUCCCGAGCAUCCUCACCCAUCUGCACUUUACCGCUGCACGACCCACGCGACGCGACGACACGCUCCUAUGGAUCGAACAUGGUCAAGGCGCAUCUGAGCGGCAUUCAGAAACGACCUCGACGCUACUCUACACGAUCGGCCUAGGCAUGCGGCAAGGACGGCCAUUCCCGGAUCCGCUCGUGAAGGUGUACGACCUCCGUAAUCUUGAAGCACUCACACCCUUCCCGUUCUCGCAAGGCCCGAGCUUCAUCACACGCUUCGCAAAUCGCCCGUCUACACUGGCGAUCACGUCCAGCCAAGGCUUAGUACAAAUCGUGGACACUACGAACCCGGCCACCAACGAGUUCUAUCAGCUGGACGCGCCCUCAUACAUCAGCUCUGUGGCGGUCUCUCCUACCGCUGGCUACAUGGCGUUCGGAGACUCGGACGGGGCGAUCCAUCUGCUCUCGGCGGCGGAGGAAGAGGCGAUGUUGCCUUUCAACGGGUUCGACGGGAAGCCGAUCGAAUGGCCCGACUCUGCGGAAGCUCUUCCGGACAUCACUUGGACGGACACGACUCUCCUGAACACUGCGGAAUGUUGUGGCUACCUCUCGCCUGCCCUGGCGGUCAACGCCGCUGCGCACGAGAAGGAGGCGCACAAGUUUUGGCGCGACUCGAGGCGACAGACGUUCCUGCGCCCCCGCGUCCAGAUCCACGGACAAAUCGACGGCAUGGACGACCCGGAGGCGGUUGUGUACGAGCUGCGCGCGAUCGUGACGCAGGUCGUGCCGAAGGAUGCCAAUUCGCACCUCGUGGCGAUCAUCAAGGUGCCGGAGGCGGAGAUUUCCGACCCGGAGCCGUGGUUCAUCUUCAAUGACUUCGUGGUGCAGAACAUAUCUGAGGACGAAGCUCUGAGCUUCCCUUCGGGAUGGAAGGUGCCAGCUAUACUGUACCUUGAACGCGUGGACGUUUGCCAGCGCCUCGACUUCAACGGCCUACCGGACAAGAUGGACAGGUCGAUACUCUGCCGAGACACCAACAUUGCCGUAAAUCGCGAUUCCCGAGUCAUCAAGCACGAACCGCUGCGCUUCGAAGAGUUGCCUAAACCCGGUACUCUGAUUGCCAUUGACGCCGAGUUCGUGUCCAUGCAGCAAGAGGAGACCGAGUAUCGAUCCGACGGCACCAAGAAGGUCAUUCGACCUGCCCGUCUCUCGCUUGCUCGCGUGUCUGUGCUGCGUGGUGAUGGAUCGAAGGAGGGCAUGCCUUUCAUCGACGACCACAUCCAUACAAGCGAGAUCAUCGUCGACUAUCUGACGGAGUUCUCCGGCAUCAAGUUCGGCGACUUGGAUCCCAGCCUCUCGCGAUACACGUUGACGCCUUUGAAGGUCGUGUAUAAAAAGCUGCGUUUGCUUGUCGACAGCGGUUGCAUCUUUAUCGGGCACGGCCUAUCGAAGGACUUCCGCAUCAUCAAUAUCUUCGUACCGCAGGAGCAAGUGAUCGAUACCGUGGACCUAUACUUCCUUGAAGCUCGCCAGCGCCGACUCUCUUUGAAGUUCCUGACUUGGUUCGUUCUAAAGGAGAACAUCCAGACGGACACGCAUGAUUCGAUCGAAGACGCACUGUCGGCACUGAAGCUGUACAAGGUGUACUUGCAGCUAGAAGCCGAAGGUUCGUUCGACAGCAAGUUGGAGGAAGUCUAUCGUGAGGGAAAACAAUACCAAUACAGACCUCCGGCACGACCCCAGAGCACUGUCCCCACGCCCGCAGCGUCCGGCACCGUGACCCCAUUGGCUCACCAGGUAGCGAUGGGUCGGGGCGGCUUCCUUUCGGGCCCACGCGGCGCGACACAGUUCAACAACCACGGCCACUACCCUCUACAAGCCGUUGCCACGCCGCCCAUCUUUCCCAUUCCUGGACCGAACCAUCACCCGCACGGGUUCAUGCAGCCUAAUUGGCGACACCGGUAG